AUGUUGAAAAAUGCAUCCAAUAUGUUAAAUCCCAGAAUACUACGACGCGCCACUCAGCGCUUCUAUCUGAGUAUCUUUCAAAAAACGUUCCCUCACCCAACAUUGCCAGAACCAUUUGCUUAUCCUCAAUCACAGCCCCAGGAGAAUGACGAAAUUGUCGUAGCUAUGAGUUCUGGAGUCGACUCUUCAGUGACUGCGGCACUUCUCACUGAAAAGUUUGGUGCUGGAAGGGUUCGAGGCAUAUACAUGGCAAAUUGGUCUCAAACAGCAAAAUGUACUGAAGGAGAAUGGAACGAUGUUCAGAAAGUGUGCGCGCAGCUUGAAAUUCCAUGUGAAAGAGUCAACUUCGAAAAGGAAUAUUGGUCAGAUGUCUUUAGUCCCAUGAUUGAGAUGUACGAGCAGGGCAUGACUCCGAAUCCGGAUUUGGGCUGUAAUAAAUAUAUAAAAUUUGGGAAGAUGGUUGAGCACUUGAAGCGACGGUCUGGAAGUGGAAAGACAAAUUGGUGGUUGGCUACAGGUCACUAUGCUCGAGUUGAACAUAGGCCAGAUGGUAAUUGUAAUCUCAUAAGAGGAUUUGACGGAAACAAGGAUCAGUCAUAUUACUUGGCCAGCAUAGCUCAAGGAGUAUUGUCAAAUGUUCUCAUGCCACUUGGGCAUUUCACAAAACCACAGGUGCGAGAAAUGGCCCGCUCAAGAGGAAUUUGUACGGCCGAGAAACCCGACUCAGUAGGUUUAUGUUUUGUGAGUCCAGAUCAUACUAAAUUCCGGCAUUUCCUUGAUGAAUACAUCCCUCCUAACCCAGGAAACAUUGUGACAGAGGAUGGCCGUGUAUGGGGGACUCACCAAGGCUUAUGGCACGCUACAAUAGGCCAGAAACUGGGCAUUUCAAUGCCACAAGGCGACCCCAAUUUCAAAGGCAUUUGGUUUGUGAGCGAGAAGCGAGUCGAAUCCAACGAAAUUGUCAUUGUUAAAGGAGGCAACAACGAGGCCUUAUUUAAGGAUAGCCUAGAUGCCCUGGAAUGGCAGUGGUUUGGCGAUCAGCCCAACUCAUUCCCUCCUCUGGAAUUUCAAAUUCAAUAUCGCUCGUUGCAGACUCCAAUUCCCGUGCAAUCAUGUGAACUCUUAAGAGAUAACAAAUUGCGCUUCAAUUUGGACUCUAAACAACGUGCGAUGGCGCCAGGGCAGAAUGUCGUUCUUUACAAAGGAAAUCAGAUCAUGGGGUCAGGAGUAUUAACUAGAGCAUACAACUCAGACUUGUAA